UCAUCGAGUAUCAUGUUUUCUGGACUUACAGAAAUCAUUUUUAAAUAUAAGUGUGAGCAAUACUGUUAUUCAAUAAAAGUCAAACGACGAUAGUCAUUAAAAGUAAAAUUGAAAAAAAUUAUUACGAUGCAAAUUAAGCAACAUUAAUCGAUAGUGAAAUCACGUAGUUCGAGUACUUUAGAGAUUUUUUUCAACGUAUCAGCAAUAAAAUGAACAAUAUUAAUUUAACAUUAACGGGGAUCGUGUAUCUUCUCAUGUUUUUCCAAAGGCAUCCGAUUAUCAAAAUUUAAUGUGUAUUGUAACAAUCACGCGUAUUAUGGAUUAUUAAAACAAUUUUAUGGGUACCAAUAAUUUGAGGUUAGAUUGAAUAAAAGAAAAUGACAGUUGACCUGUCAGUAGUACCACUUGUUGCCUUGUCCGACGAAUCUAAACAAAUUGUCUCAACGUUGUUAAAUCCUCAGAAGGUUAUUCCGUCCGAAAAUGGUUUACCGAGAGAUUGGCGAGGUUUGGCGCAUUUAUCCAAUUUAAGCGGAGAAGUAAUGCCAUUAUUAACAUCGUGUUCAGAUCCAUCAACAUAUAUUCUAAAUGUUUGGGAGCAGGGGCAAAAAAAUGUUACAGUCAAAGACUUCCAAGCAGCAUUGGAGGAGCUCGACAGAUGGGACAUUUUAGAUGACACAUUAGAGCUUUUUGAAAGAGAUGCUGAAAAGUAUUUGAAGGGGCUAGAAAAAUCUAAAAUAUCGGCUGAAGCAAUUGCUAAUGAGAUAGAUGAAAAAGUUCUUACCGUAGAUGAUCUUCAUAGAUUAAGGCAAGGACUGGAGAAUCAAUAUUAUGAUGCAUUUUUAUUAUAUGCCGACGAAGAUAUUAAUUUUGCCAAUGAAAUGGUGGAUAAACUGGAAAACCAAUAUGACUUGAAGCUUUGUUUGAAAGAUCGAGAUUUAAUCGGCGGAAUUACGUUCGAACACGAAGCUGUAAUGACGCUGAUAUCAGAGAGAUGUAACAGAUUAAUUGUCAUAGUAUCACCUAACUUUCUUAAAAGUCCAGCAAACAAAUUCUUUUUGAACUAUGCCCAGGCAUUGGGUAUUGACAAACGUCAAAGGAAAGUCAUACCGUGUCUGUAUGAAAAAUGCCAAUUACCACCACAAUUGAGCUACAUGUUUGUGUUAGAUUACAACAGAGCAGGCUUAUACAAUUUCUGGGGAAAGUUGUGCGAUUCUGUCCAAACACCGCAUAAAGGCGGAUACACAAUACCGGAACAAUGUGCACUACCACUUAAGAAAGAAAGCGAUCUCGACAAUAUAGAAAAAAACGAUGAAAGUAAACUAGACAGAGAAGAGGGAAGAUAUUUAACAUCUUCAAGACUGCAAAGGAUACAAACGAAAGACGGCGAGAAAAACUUGAAAACAGAAGAAACUGUAUGCAAUCUAGAGUUGGGCAAUACACACAGUCCAAAAGACAAUGACAGAAAGUCAAACAACUUUUUGCAACGAACAAUGAAGAGGUGGACUCGUAAAACGGAAAAUGAUAAGAAAGUGUAUGUACCGCUUACUGGAACAGUGAGUUUACCAUCGCUUGAAGGUUUGGAUACGUUGAGUACUUCUGCCUCUAUGGAAAAGAAGCAGAAAACAAAAUUUAUAAAUAAAUAUGUACGAAAAGUGCAAUUAAAAAAGAUACCCGUGAAGUCGUAACAGUCGUUUAUAUUAAAGGACAAA